GUCAAAAAUGACCGUCAUAAGGUAACCUCAAAUGAUAAACAUCUUCAUUACAAAACAAAAUUUUGGUCUCAAGUUUUAAUAAUGCACUAAAAUAAUGAAUAUUUACAAAAAUGCAACGUAUAAGGGAUCCAAGUAAAUAUUUUCGCUUAUUAUUUCAUGUUCAAAAAGUCUUUCAAGGUGCUUCAAGCUUCACAACGACAAUAGAUGGGUUUGAUCUCUUUUACAAUGAACCUUUACAAAAGUAUAAACUUAAAGAUAGGUUGUUUUUUAAGAACGAUUAUAAUAUGAUAUAUUUUAUGGGAAUGGAGAGUAGUACAAAAGUAGACGUUGAAAAGUUGACUGUUGAAGAAAUCGAAAACACUUUACAAGAGUUCCUAUCUAAGAAUAAAGACAAACAAAUAAUAAAAAUUGUUAACGACUGUUUAGAUAAACGAAAACAUAUAAAAGACGAUGUGCUGAAGCAAAUGUUUAGACAUUACAGUCUAUUAGGGAAAGUAGAUGCAGUGGAAUUGCUUCGAAAGUAUUGCCAAACACUGAAUCCCGGUCUUUAUAUAAGAAAUGGUGAAUUUCUUCACUAUCUCGCAAAAGCCCAGUGCAUGAAGGGAAACUCUGAAAAAGGUCUCUCAGUAUUAAAAGAAGCUUAUACAAAGUACAAAGGUCUCAGAGGUUUCUAUAGGCGUAUAUUUAGUGAACUUAUUUAUGAUUCCAUUCAGAACAGAUCAGAAGCCUCUAUUGUGAUAUUUAAAAAAUAUGUUUUGGAAUUUAGCCAAAUAUGGAAUGACCACUAUCCUCUUGUUUGUUUUUGGCAUAUCUGUUGGUCGAGCUCGUGGUUUUCUGAUCAAACAAUAUCUUAUGACUUAUUAGAUACUUGUAAAGUGCUGCAAGACUUAGUAAAAGACAAGGCUACAACAUUCAGUAUCAACAUACUCAGAGAAUACAAUGAGGAUGCUGUGAUAAGGUUGCUGCAGAUACUUCUAAAGUACAAAAUGAUGGAAGAAUAUGCUAAUGUCUUACAGAUUCUAUUCUCAUAUAAGUUAAGAAAUAGAGAUUUGAGGGGAUGCACAGAAAUUAUAAAGAACUGUCAAAUAUUGGGUAUAUCCCUACCGUCCAACCAACAAGGUAGAUACAUAAAAAUGUUAAUAAAAACCACACAAAUACAAGAGCAACCAGAAGACAAACAGAAGAGACCUGAAUCAAAGAACUUCAAACUGAAGUUUUAGUUUGUAUAUUUAUAAUUUAUAAAUAAUAAUUAGUAUACAUAUUUGUAGAAUAGUUAAUAUAAACUGUUCAAUUUUUAA